AUGUCCUCAGGACAGGAUCGCGGCCGACCGCUUGGAUCUGGUGCUGGAGCCAAGCGUAAAGCUGAAGAGGAUUAUUCCGACAACGCGCACACCAAGAAGUCUCGUCAGCGCAUCGAUAAGAUGACUGAGAAGCAGAAGGCACUUGAUCGCUCGAAGAAGUCGAUCAACCAGCAGAAAUCCCGCAAGCUUAAAGCCUUGAGGGCUAAAAGCUCCUACAUCAGUGCGUCUGCUGAUAAGCGCGCGGCCCUUGAGGCUAGGGAAAUCCAGCAAGUUGAUGCACGAUACUUCCUCAAAGGCAACCAUCCAGACCAGCUGCUAGCUCAGAUGACUGGCCCAGUCUCGUCUAGCUCCUAUAAUAUCGUCGAUGACGAUGAAGACGAGGCUUGGGAGGAUAUCCCUUUGAAUGAGAUUGAUGAGGCUACCCAGGAAAACCUGGAUGGAGUUGAGGGCAUGCUCAACUUUGACGUUGACCUUGAUAACCAGUUGCCGACCAUUAAUGUUGCUGAGCAGUCGAAUGCGAUUAUCGACAAGAUGAUCCAGGAAAACCAGAUCCGAGAAUACCAGUUCUUCCGUGAUACCUGGGAGAUGACUCUUAAGAUACUUUACAUCAAGGUCAAGCGGCUGAACAGCAAUCCUGCCUUUACCCUAGCUGCGAUGGAGGAUUAUAGCUUCAUUCGACCUGGCUUUAAAUUUCCAGUAGCUGGCGACAUCUUCACCAAAGAGGAAGUGCUUCUUUGGUUUGCACUCGCCAAGUACUGGCACCUGAACCGCUUGUCUAAGAAGAAGAAGAUACGCCUGGUUCUUAAUUCUUCUGUCAAGAAGAAGAAGACCCAAUUCGCACUCGCGCACCGCCCAGCCAUCAAGAUUCAAGGAUCUCUCUUCACUACAGCUCAGCGCCGAUAUGCCUCCACUCCAAAGCCUUCAGUGAAGGCUAUGUUCUCUGAGAUCAGUGACUCGAUGAUCAAGAAAGGUGUUUGGGAGCUUCUGGGCCCUGCUGAAGUUUGGGAAGAGUUUACUGCUCUCGAUAAAACAGCCAACAUCUUAUCUGCGAUGUAUAAGAAGUUCUCAGCUAUACUAAAGCUGAUACCAUUCUUCCUGAAGCUUGACCUUGCUCGGGAUAAAGCGCCAUACAACUGGCGUCAGGUCCAUGAGUUGGCUCAGAAGCUAACUCGUUUGCUUGACUUUUCUCUAUAA